CUUCUUUUAAACAUUUCUUCAAACAUCCUAAACAUCCAACGUUCUAAAGCAUUUUCCUAAAGUUUCCCAAAAUCUCCCAAAACAUCCCAUGAAAAUAUCUUAUUUUAACAUUCGCCAAGUAACAGCGCAUACGGAAAUCUUGCUAUCGACGUCACACAUUGUCUGAGGCAACCCAUCUAUACUUACCUAACAAUGCCAAUGCCCUGAUAUCCAGCGGUCUGGGAAGGAUCUGACGCACUAGCUUAAGUUACAAGACGCACACAUGGACACACAUGUAAUGUCCGGGGUAUUUUCCAUCGUCCACGUCAACGGGACGUAGGGAUGGUAUGUACUGGAGUAGUAUCGGCAAGGUACUAACCGGGUAUCUAAUUGGUCUUUGACGAUCGCUGAAUAGAACCUGAGCUCACCACUUCAUCAAUACCACCUUCACCACAUCCCAAGAAAUACCUAAUACCUGAUACCUUACAGUCCAGACCAGACUCCUAACUUGGUUAUCGUUCUAUCAUUACCAUCCAUCCCGAAGAGGAUUCGGCUUUCCCAAUCGUUCUUCUAUAUAUCAGAUAUCAUCCUUUCGUUCCUUCUUUUAAGCAUUAAUUAUCAAUUCAAUCAUAUUUGUUCAUGUCAUAAUCCCCAAUUUCCUAUCCCCUAUCCCCCCCCUUGGCUAUGGAAUUUUAAUCGCAACUACCUAGCCACCCUACCAAGCCAAAAUGCACACUGCCUUAUCUUGGAGGAAGGGGGGCAUCAGCCUUCGGCCAUUUUAUACGACCAUAUUCAUUAUUACCCUCCUCACCACAUAUAGUAUAUUUAUUAAGGGACCAACAAUCUCGUCGAAGGAGUCCCCGUCCCUGUCUCCGCGAUCUGGUGAAGAAUGCCGCUUGGUUCACAAUGCCGCAGACAAAUGUGCCUUUGUAAGGCGCAAUUGCAAGGAUGACGAAGCAGGCAUAAUAGAAUAUUUAACCUUCUAUUAUUGCGACCUCGAGCGCGCACAACCCCUGGCUUUCAUUAUACUGGCCCUCUGGCUGGGUCUGCUGUUCACCACUAUCGGUAUAGCCGCCAGUGACUUUUUCAGCGUCAACCUUAGCACCAUUGCAACUGUGCUUGGUUUAAGUGAGAGUCUUGCUGGAGUCACCUUCCUGGCUUUGGGAAAUGGCUCGCCGGAUGUAUUCAGCACAUUUGCCGCCAUGGGCUCCAAUAGUGGAAGUAUGGCCAUUGGCGAGUUAAUCGGAGCUGCCGGCUUCAUCACCUCUGUCGUUGCUGGCUCCAUGGCCCUGGUACGCGAGUUCAGGGUUUCUAGGAAAACCUUUGUGCGAGACAUCUGUUUUUUUAUAGCAGCUGUUAGCUUUGCCAUGUGCUUUUUAGCCGAUGGGUACUUGCAUUUAUGGGAAUGUUCCGCCAUGAUCGCUUUCUACAUGUUCUACGUCGUCGUCGUCGUUGGCUGGCACGCAGUUGUCAAGAGGCGAAAAGCUCGGCGAGCCAAGGAGGCCCAAUCUCGCGGCCAUUUCUAUGCAUCCUCAAACGACCAUGGUGACGAUGCAUUAGAACCCUAUAGGGAUGAACCAGAUGACGAGGAUAUUCCGCCAGCAGAGCGUCGUAUAUCAUGGAGGAGCGGGUCCGAUAUCAGUGCAUUAGAGCGAGGACCCAGAAUUGAGGUUGGCUCAACCAAUGAUGACGAUGAUAGCGACCAUAGCCAGCAUGUUGCAGCGGAGGUGGCGAGCAGCAUGCGAGUGAAUCGCCCGCGUGGAAGGAGAAGUAACACCACAACCAUCACCCCAAUCCGUCCCAGUCUAGUCGGCGCGCUAGAAUUCAGGUCAGUGUUGUCAUCGUUACAAGAGGAAGGAAACCUACGAAUGCGGCCAAUACACCAUGGUCGUACCACUUCUGCCGAUCUCUUGCAAGAAGGACACGCUAUUAUUCGGGAUAAUAAGAGCGUACAAACGAUCCAGGGCGUUCAAGAUGCUUCUAUCGUGGUUAGAAAUCGCUCGCGAUCGUCCGGGGCCGUCCCAGUAACUGUUGAUGCCGACCUUACCCCUCCAGAGUCAUCGGGAGAUAGAGGUAGAGCUCCCAGCCCACAUACCAUAGGAGGGAAGUUGGCUCCUCCACCUAACGAUCUCUUAGGCGGUCUCCAUGCAGAGAGUUCGACUUCGGAGGACUUUUCCCAUAAACCACAGUUACAUCGUCUCCGUAUCCCAAGUCCCCCUCGUGGUAGUGCAGGAUCUUCACCAUCAUUAUCACCAUUCCCUGCAUUUACAGAAUCGCCAUUUGUGAUCACAGAAAACCCCCAACAACUCCCGCAUAUAAUGCUACCGCCCUCUAUUGAAGAGCGAAAUGCGUCUCUCCGCGACCUGGUUGAAAACAGAAAUUCAAGGCCCACUAGGUGGUGGCCCUAUCAGUUAUUACCCCCACCACAGACCAUUCUUUAUACUCUAUUCCCUACUUUACAAGGCUGGAAGAGCAAAAGUAUCUGGGAUAAAUUUGUUAGCGUAAUAUCUGUUCCUAGCAUAUUCUUUCUCGUCAUCACGCUGCCCGUGGUGGAGACCGAGACACCGGACGAUGAGAUAGAAGAGAGUAUUGUAGAACAAAUAGCCCCAGACCAAAUAGGGAACGUGGCAGCACCAGUGUCACCAGCUUCCUUCGACCCGGGAUUCUCUAUUCAUCCCGAAACGGAGUGGCAGCGGUACAGACGGCGCACAAGAUCUAGAGCAUCUAGUCGCAGCCGUUCACCUAGCCAUGCUAGCUUCAUUUCUCUGAAUGCCCCUAACGACGCGCAAACCAACGAUGAGCAAGGAUCAGACCAACCCCAGGCGAUACCAGUCUUUGUCCCUGCAAAUAUACACGUAUCAAAACCUGCCUCGGAACCUGAACAGACAAGCUCAACGCUGAGCGAGGAAGAACAAGGAUGGAACCGCUGGCUAUUGAUCCUCCAGGUUUUCACCGGUCCAAUCUUCUGUGUGCUUAUCGUCUGGGUAAACAUGGCAGAGGAUCUUGACCAACCUCUCACUGUCCUCUGGAAAGCGUUGCUAAUCUCGCUUGCCUGCUCUCUAUUUAUACUUGGCUUUAUACUUAUGACUACAUCUUAUGAUCAUCGGCCUAAGUAUCAUUUCUUAUUCUGCUUUCUGGGAUUCUGUAUUGCGAUUGCCUGGAUCUCUACUAUUGCUGGUGAAGUAGUAGGGGUACUUAAAGCAUUUGGUGUCAUCCUAGACAUAUCCGAAGCGAUACUAGGCCUCACUAUUUUUGCAGUUGGCAAUUCGGUGGGAGACCUAGUUGCGGAUGUGACUGUCGCUCGACUGGGUUACCCAGUGAUGGCCUUAUCGGCCUGCUUCGGAGGUCCCUUGUUGAACAUACUGCUCGGCAUCGGCCUCGGGGGUGCGUAUCAAUUAAUAAACGCGGCAAAGGACAGGAAAAUAGAACAUCCCGAAGAACCGAUACUUUAUGAGCCGUAUCACAUACAAGUUAGCGGGACGCUAAUGAUUUCCGCCAUUACCUUACUUUUCACGCUCCUUGCGCUGCUCAUCGUCGUACCAAUGAACAGAUGGAUCAUGAACAGAAAGAUUGGCUGGAGUUUGAUAGGGCUCUGGUCUAUUAGCACGGUUGUGAACUUGGCUAUCGAGAUCACGGGAGUGUGGCAGGAAAUAGCUUAAGUGCGUUGCCCGACAAAGACGAGUUUAUGAUACAUUUCUGUCAUUACCUGUACGAUUGUAAGAAAUUGAAAUAGUUCGAGCUUAGCAUGGCGUUUUGGGCGAUAACAUUUAAAUGGGAUUUUAAUUGGAGAGGCAAUUUAUUUAAGUAAACAUCCAGUAGG